AUGAGUAACGUCCUUAAGUUAAACAUGGAGUUCCAAACUGGACCCGAGAGCUUGGAGGAAAAGGACGCGGCCAGCGCAGAGGAGGACUAUGGUAUUGGACUACUUGUAAACUGCCUCAGCGUGGAUGACUUGGUCAAUAUUCAGAAGGUCUUUGAGCUUCCAGAACACGGGCACAGUAUUUCUAUGUCCCGAGCAGAGUUUGUAGAGAGAAUCACUGAGAUUAUUGGCUGGGGCACAAAAGAAGAAUAUGGAGAGCUCUUUGAUAGAGUGGAUGUGGUCCAAGAUGGCUUCAUUAAUUGGGACAAACUGACUUCAUUUAUGCUGCUGACACUUGAGAAUGAUGAACAAGCAAAGACAACAAUUGCUCCUCAGUGGAAAGAUUUUGAGUUCCUGCCAAUGAAACAUAAAGACACAAUCCAAAAAGUAAUUUUCUUAAAAAGUUCAAGCCGUUAUCUGACCAUCAGUAAGGAAGGAUUGUUAGGAAUCUGGGGAGAUAAUUUAACGUUGCAGGAAACACGUCCCAUCACUUCAGAUGUCACAAAACUUAAUCACUUGUGGGUGACCAGUCUUGUCUCUUUGGAAAAUGUAAAUAAGAUAGCAGUGGCUUUUACAAGUAAAGAGAUUUGUUUCUAUGAUCUGCUGUCUAAAGAAUUAUCUUGUCAAUAUAAACUUCAAGGCCUAAAAGGAACACCAAUUUGCAUGGAUUAUUGGUAUGACCCUCUUGAUGCCAAUGAAUCAAUUCUUUCUUUUGGAGACAUAACAGGAAAGGUUCAAGCAGUUGUUUUCACUACAGCCUUGAUAUCCCUCUUUGAACGUCCUGCCAAUGCUUGUGAAGAUGAGGAAGUCACUUUGACUAUUAACUGGAAAGAGCUUCUCUCUGGCUACCAUACAUGUUGCUAUACAUUAGAACACAAACUGCAUCAUGGAGAUUGGGUCAGGCAAGUUACUUACAAUGCCUCUUUGGAUGCUAUUAUUUCCAGUACAACCAGCAGUACAAAUACCCUGGUGUUGGCUUGGAGAGAGAAAUCAAAAAAUCAUGUUAAGAUGACAUCCUUCAACAUUGCCCAGGGCAUUCAUGCUUUUGAUUGCCACUCUCGGCUCAAUUUAAUUGCAACUGCUGGGAUUAAUAAUAAAGUUUGCCUUUGGAACCCCUAUGUUGUUUCUAAACCAGUUGGUAUCCUGUGGGGUCAUUCAACCAGUGUACUAGCUGUUCAAUUUUUUGCUGCAAAGAACCAACUUUUCAGCUUCUCUGAAGAUAAAGUUCUGAGACUCUGGGAUAUUCAACACCAGCUGUCCAUUCAGAGAAUAGCUUGUUCUUUCCCUAGAUGUCAGAACUUUAGAUGCCUCCUCCACUUUGAUGAAGCUCAUGGUCGACUUUUUAUCUCAUUUAAUAACCAACUAGCAUUGUUGGCAAUGAAAAGUGAAGCCAACCAGAGGGUAAAAAGUCACAAGAAAGCAGUGACUUGUGUUCUUUACAAUUCCUUCUUGAAGCAGGUAAUCAGCUCGGAUGCUGGGUCGAAUGUUUUCUUCUGGAUGAUAGACACUGGGCAGAAAAUCAAACAGUUUACUAGUUGCCAUGGCAAUGCAGAAAUAAGCACCAUGGCCUUUGAUACAAAUGAGACCCGGCUUUUGACUGGCAGCACAGAUGGGACUGUAAAGAUAUGGGACUUCAAUGGAUAUUGCCACUACAUAUUAAAUGUUGGGCAAGAGGGAGCAGUGGAUAUUACACAGAUCUUAGCUCUUAAGAAGACAAUAUUGGUUACAGGCUGGGAAAGGGUUAUUACUGUGUUUCGACCUCAGAACUACAAUCAACUUUUCACACAACCUGAAGAAUGGAAAGGAGGAAUACAACACCACGAUGACAUCUUAUGUGCUGCAUUUUUACCUCCUCAAACUCUUGCUACAGGGAGUUAUGAUGGAGAAAUUAUUCUAUGGAACAAUAGCACAGAAAACGCUCACUAUGUCCUUCAUCCUAAUUACCAGAGACUGCUAAAAUCAAAAUUGGAUACAGAGCCUCAAACACUACUUAAUAGCUGUUCCACUCACUCUAAGACAAAGAAGGCCACCCUGGGCACAUGCUCUUUUGAAAUUGACAGUGAGUGUAAUAAUGCUGUUAUGAGGCUUUGCUUCCUUGAAGCAAGAAAACAUACCGCAGUGACAGGAGGAGCGAACCUGGUAUCAUGUGGAGGAUCUGGGUAUGUUCGAUUCUGGGAUACAUUUAAGAAGCAACUUCUGGCUGAAUUUUUGGCUCAUAGUGGAGCUGAGUUUAUUAUUAUGUGUAUUGAUAAGCUGAACCAAUACCUUGCCACAGGAGAUCCUGACGGAAGGUUGAAGAUCUGGAAUAUAGAAGAAUACUGCCUUAAUCCCAGCGAGGGCAAAAUGACACAGGCUCCAACACUGAUAAGAUCACUUCAGCCUCAUAAAGACCAGAUCCUUUCUCUAGAAAUGUGUGAGCCCGGGGGCCGCUUGCUGGUCAUCUCCUCCUCUGCAGACUGCAACAUCUGUGUGACUGAUGUCUGCAGUGCUCCUAUCUACAUCUUUGGUCAGGCAAAGCUUUGGAAAAUUGAGACUUGCUUUUCCUUUCCUAAAAGAGAUACAAAUUUAAUGAAAAGAGAUAUUCAAGAGCAAAAAAUUAAAAAUAUUCCUUUGCUGUCUAAAGAGGAACUAUGCCUAGACCUACUAGAAACUUCUUUUGAUAAAAACAAUGAAGAUAUCUCAACAAAGAGUGUCAGACCAUCAAGAGUCUUAAAUUUAGGCAUAAAAUAUAAGGAGAGAAAAAGCUAUAAGAAAAAAACAUAUAAACUUUACAAUGAAGAUGUUACACCCGAAGCAUCCAGUGCCUUUAGGUCAUUGAAUAUUGAAGACUUGCAAGAGUUGCCUGAAGUAAAUAAACCAGCCUUUCUUCUAGAACCUGAGAAAUAUUUUAGGGAUGAACCAGAGGUGGAGUGUCCCCAAAUGCCAGAACUUCCAUCACUUUCUGAAACUCUGAAAGCUGUAUUUGUUGAAAAAAACCUGCUCCCCAAAGAAAUUCUGGAUCGUGAAAAAAGAACCAAGCAAUUAUGUCAGGAGACAAGCAGUGAAGUGAAGAUAAAAAGAAAUAAGAAGAAAUUAUAGUUGAAAGAAAAGCAAAU